UACAAAUACCCCACGAUCUCCCGAUUCCCCACGAACGCGACGCGUCUGAAUGAAAAGCCAUCCCCGAGAGAGACCGAAGCCAGAGGCGCGACCGCACGAGUGGCCUGACUCGCCUCCCCAGUCCACCCGUACGCGGAAGCUCGAGGACGCGCGGUGCUCGGGUUAGGGUUUGGCCUUGGCGCCCCUCUCCGACCGACGUUUCUAGAAGCCUCCGGUUCCCGGCGGGCGCCCGCGAUGCUAUCCAUUUGCGGCGGCGGCGCCGUAGCCGCCAGGGAGGAACACUGCGCGCCCUACCCGCUCCCUCCUCCCCAUCCGCGGCCGCAGCAGCUCGGUGCGGCCAUCGAUACCCUGCUCCUGAGCCCCUUCGAAGGUUCAGUUGACAAGGGUAAGCGCCUCGAGAUUGCGCAACAGAGGUACAACGCUGGGGAUUACAGAGCUGCACUGGAGUACUGCAAUGCGGUGUACAGGGAGAACCCGAGGCGCUUGGAGAACCUCCUGCUGCUCGGCGCCGUUUAUUACCAGGAUUAACCACGAAAUUCAGCCUCCAAGUUGCUCAUACCUUCAUACGUGUCUUUUUGUGCUUGUCGUGUUGUAUUCAUGUCAUUGUUUUUAUUUUAUUUGGUUUAGCUGCGGGAUUUCAACAUGUGCAUCGCAAAGAACGACGAGGCUGUUGCAAUCCAGCCCAAUUUCCCGGAGUGCUUCAACAACAUGGCGAAUGCAUUGAGGGUGCAGGAGAAAAGCGAUGUAGAUCGUGCCAUCCAGUAUUAUGAGCAUGCAAUUAAGAUCCGACCCACCUUCGCUGAUGCAUUCACAAACUUAGCGAAUGCUUAUAUUCGAAAAGGAAAUCUAACCGAGGCAAGCAAAUGUUGCCAUCAAUCACUUGCACUAAAUCCUCGUCUGGUUGAUGCAUUGAAGGCACAAGAUCUUUCAGAGAAGCAUACAAUUGCUAUAGGUGGAUGA